AUGUCGACGCGACCGGGUCUAGAGCUAAUACACAUUGGCAUGAAGGAAAGGCGUCUUUGCAACAGCUCACCGGCACCUACCUCAAAACCAGCCGUGGCUAGAGCGCCAGAACCACCGUAUAGCAACUGCCAAGGUGUGAAACUAUUGGGGAAAUGGCACAGCUAA